AUGGCUGUGCCUGCUGCGUCUGCUGCUGCUGCUAGCCCGGCUUUCACCGCUCCCUCGCCUCGCUCGCCGACCGUACGGCCUGUGGUGCUUCCAAGCGACUCUUUGGUGGCACCACCGACCAGCAUGGCUUCGCCCGCUUCUUCUGAGUCCCACACGUCGGACGAGGUACUCCUUGCGAGCUUUCUCUACUGGGGUCCCGAUAGUGAUUUCGGUUCCCGUGCUCAUGCUCGUUCUCGCGCUCGUUCGUCGACGCCGCCUGCUCCUACUGAAGUCGCUGCCGUUCUGGCUGCCAUGGUCGAUGCUCCUGCUGUUGCUGUGACUCUGCCGUCACCUACCGCUUCGGCUACGCCUCACGAUGCCUCUACGUCGUCGCCGCCCAGCGCGCUCCAGGAACACAUCUACGAGAUUACGGUCGAAGGGUUGUGUGGAGAUUACGUUGAUGGUGAUGUCGCGGAUGAUGAUAGCGUUGCAGCUGAGGAUGUUGCUCUUCAAGCGGUGGGUUUGCUUAACGACGAAGAUGAGGAGGACACCCAAUGA